AUGCCCAAACGCAAGCUCGACGAAGUCAGAGGACCUGCGCUCCCGCGCCCGUCCAGCGACACCCGCAAAAUGUCCAUUCACGGCACCCGGUUGACGCAAAUGUUCGAGAACGGCGUAUUGAUGAUCAUGCGCGGUCUCAAGACAUCGCGCGGCUUUGAACGACAAAAGCUCAGUCGACGAGAGAAGACAGCGAAGGCGCAGAAGGACGAUAAGGCGUUGGCGCGACUAAAGGAAGAAAUUGAGACUCUGAAAGGUCUCGAUUACCAUGCCACAUCCGAACGAUACCUGUUCAAGCAACUUGUCAGGACGAAGCGGAUUGCAGAAACACGGACGUUCGGCGAGUUUCAGGCCGUCAAGAAAGUCUCCCAGGAAGGACCGAAGAGUACCGCCGAAGCCAACAUCCUGGCGCGACUAUUCAAAUCGACACCUGUGCAGAAGGAAAUUCCCGGCAUUAUGGCUGGUAUUCGGAAACUACUAAGAGUCGAUGACUUGCCGGCCAGCAAGGCGACGAAAGAGGAUAACAAGAAGGAUGCGCCAGCAAAGAAGGCACGAAAGGAUAUCACCGGGUCCGAGUCUGAAUCAGAGACGACGUCAAACCCCAGGCGCGGCGAGCAGGUCUCCCGCUCCACGAACGACAUGGAAAUCUCUACAGACGAAUCCGGAGACGAAGACCUUUCACAAUUCGACUCGCGACUUGGACCGGGUUCAGACUCUGAAGCUGAUUCGGAAUCUGGCGACGAGGAAGACCGCGCCGCAGGCGAUAUCUCAGAUUCUAUCUCCCGUUCACCAUCGCCCUCCUAUUCCGCUGCAGACUCUCCGCCAUCCAAGAAAGUAAAGGCAGCCAAGGGUGCUGCUGCGCCAGUGAAAAGCACAACGUUCCUGCCGACUCUCAUGAGUGGUUAUUGGUCUGGCUCAGAAGAAGCUACUGAUGAGGAAGAUUCUGGCGCGAAGCCUGUCCGCAAGAACCGUAUGGGUCAGCAGGCGCGUCGGGCUUUGUGGGAAAAGAAGUUCGGAGCCACUGCAAACCACAUCAAGCAGGAGCAGAUGGCUGCGAAGUAUGGUGGCAGAGAUAAUGGAUGGGACACGAAGCGCGGUGCAACUGACGGUGCGAGAGGAGGGAGAGGAGGUAGAGGAGGUAGACGUGGUGCUUUUGGUGGUGGAGCUGGGCGGCCUCAGAACAGAGAUGGCCCCGCUGGUGCGCCUCGGUCUGGACAGCACUCUGGUGGCAAGCCUAAAGGGCCGCCUAAGGAUGAGGGCCCAUUACAUCCUUCCUGGGAGGCAAAGCGGAAGGCCAAGGAGCAGGUUGCGGCUACUUUCUCUGGAAAGAAGGUUACGUUCGAUUAG